AUGCCCUACGCCGACGCGCUCUUUCGCCACCCGCGGCGUGGUCCGCUCCGUCGUCGACCCCGCCGACACCAAGCCGCUGAUCCUCCGCGUCUCCGGCGGCACCAGCAUGACCUCCGGCGACCUCGCCGACGAGGGCAUCACCACGUCCAUGGACGACGCCGUUCGCCUGAAUGUGUCCGCCGUCGGCAUAUCGGUCUUCGUCGGCUCCGAGUACCAGAAGCAGUCCAUCCUCAAUCUCGGCAAGCUGGUCGACGAGGGCGAGCGAUACGGCAUCCCGGUCAUGGCGGUCACCGCCGUGGGCCGCGAGCUGGACCAGCGCGACUCCCGCUACCUCGCCAUGGCCUGCCGCAUCUGCGCCGAGAUGGGCGCCAAGGUGGUCAAGACCUACUGGUGCGAGGACGGCUUCGACCGCGUGGUCGACGGCUGCCCGGUUCCCGUCGUCAUGGCCGGCGGCCCCAGGGCCGACACCGAGCGCGAGGUCCUGGAGUUCGUCCACGACGGCAUGCAGAACGGCGCCAUCGGCAUCAACCUCGGCCGCAACAUCUGGCAGAGCCCCCACCCCGUCCCCAUGAUCCGCGCCCUCCGCCACAUCGUCCACGGCAACGGCACCGUCGCCGAAGCCCAGGAUAUCUACGACGCCGCCCGUGCCGAGUCAGGCGAACUCGUCGGCGUCCCCGACUAGAUUCAUUCCCGUUGGCAACUAUCUCAAAGCCGACCGUAAAUCUCCCGUCAUUCCCGCGAGUUUUCCGUCAUUCCUGCGGAAGCGGGAAUCCAAACCCCCGGUUCCUUGUCUAUUCCGCAUACGGGCCUCGCCGAAUGCCCUUUGAGAUUGUUCGUUAG